CAGCCACGAUAAUGGCUGUGAUGAGGGCAGGCUUGACGCCUUAUCCAAUGUCAAACCGCAAUUCGCCGGUUGCUGUUGCACACAUGCUCCAGAAGACGUCCUGUCACCGCCUCAUCACUACGUCUGGCUCCCUAUCCUCACUUCUCUCUGGACUUCAAACCGAGUUGUCCUCCGUAAACUACGAGUUGAAGAUCGAGGAACUGCCGGCCUUCCACGAUGCCUUUCCUCAUCUGGGUCGUGAAAAGGCGAGCGACCCUUUCACUCCUUACCCGCGUUUGGAAAAUUCCAGGCCGGAAGACAUCAUCUGCUAUAUUCAUUCCUCCGGCUCUACUGGCUUCCCGAAAUCUAUUCCUCAUACUAACAAGACCUUGAUGGGCUGGUUUGGCGGACCCUUAGGUGGGGUGGGUCGCUAUCAUAAACACCUGAGAUUUGGCACAAUGCACCUCCCGACUUUUCAUAUGAUGGGCACCGCCUUCCAGGCCUGGGCACCAUUGGUAGGAGGGAUUAGUGUGGCUCUGUUCCCACCUAUGUUUCCAGAGCUUCCCGUCGUCCCUGGUCCCGGCAACACUCUGGACGCUCUGAAGCGAACCAAGGUUAACGCUGUGGUCUCUGUACCGACUUUCCUCGAGUUCUGGUCGGAGUCAGACGACGCUGUGGCAUUCUUAGCGUCUAUGGAGGUCGUGCUCUACGGUGGCGGUCCCUUGGCGGAACCUGUUGGGGACAAGCUCGUCUCAAGGGGCGUUCAUCUGGCGUCUGCCUACGGUGGGACCGAAUUCGGCGGUGUUACGUACUUCAUACCUCCAGAAGGGUUACUGGAUCGUACGGAAUGGAAGUAUUUAGUUUUCGAUCCAAGGGUGUCGAUACGGAUGGUGCCGCAAGAUGAUGGGAAAUAUGAAUUGCAAAUCUUGGAUAGUGAUGCUCACCCCCUGCUGAUUCACAAUCUGCCGGACGUCCCGGGCUAUGCCACGUCAGAUCUCUUUGAGAAGCAUCCGACCAAAGAAGGCGUUUGGAAGAUUGUUGGACGUGUAGACGACGUUCUUAUUCUUGCCUCUGGGGAGAAGACCGUGCCUGCUCCAAUCGAAGGGAAGAUCUUGACAUCACCCCUGGUCGCGGGUGCCAUGAUGUUCGGUCGCGGCCAUAAUCAAGUCGGGAUCCUUAUAGAGCCGAGACCGGAGCAUGCUAUCGACCCAGCGGACGAGGCUGCUUUGGCAAGGUUCCGGAACGAGUUAUGGCCCGUUGUCGAAGAGGCCAAUGAGACUGCUCCAGCGUUCAGUCGUAUUUUCAAAGAGAUGAUCCUGGUCACCUCGCCAGAUAAGCCCAUGCGUCGUGCCGCAAAGGGGACGGUUAUCAGGAAAGCAACAUUUGCUGAUUAUGCCAAGGAGAUUGAAGCACUAUAUGAGAAAGUUGAGGCGAGCAAGGGAGAGGAUGUAGAACCUCCCAAUAGCUGGGAUGAAGCCGCUCUGAGGGAAUGGCUUGCCGUGCAAGUAGAGGAUAUUAGCGAGCAGAGUCAUGCUAAGGCGCCUGCCCUUGAUGCUGACCUGUUUGCACACGGAUUCGACAGCCUGAGCGCGACGUUCCUGCGGAACCGAAUCAUAGGAGCAUUGAGGUCAUCCGCAGAACCAGCAGCCCAAUUGGCCGCAAAGUCUGUCUCACAGAACUUCGUCUUUGCUAACAAUACCAUCCAGGCUCUGGCGGCGGCGAUCCAUACCCUAGUCCUACCCCAGACGAACGCACACGCGCCGGAGUCUCACACCGAUGUCAUGAGGCGCCUGAUAACGAAGUACUCGGCUGAUUUGUCCAAACUGGAUCAGCAAACAGUACAGCCGCUUCCCCCGAAGAGCACUGUACUCAUCACGGGUACUACUGGCGGUCUGGGGUCUUACAUGCUAUGGUUUUUACUAGAGGACGACAAGGUGGAACGUGUAUACGCGUUCAACAGGAAGUCCUCCAAGGCCGCUCUAACUGAACGCCAGAAGGAGGCCUUCGAGGAUCGAGGUUUGCCGAGCGGUCUUUUGGCGUCUAAGAAGCUGGUCCUGGUGGAAGGCGAAGAAUCCGCUGCCAACUUGGGGUUGGAAGCAGCGCUGUAUGAAGAGAUACGAAAUAAUGUCACUCACAUCAUCCAUAAUGCCUGGCGACUCGACUUCAACCUGUCGGUCACUUCCUUUGAGUCAAAUAUUAAAGGAGUGAGAAAUCUUGUGGAUCUGGGCCUUGGGUCUACCUAUGGCUCUAAUUUCCGCUUUGUCUUUACGUCAUCCGUCGGUAUCUCUCAAGGAUGGCCGAAGGAGAAUGGGCCAUUCCCCGAGGAGUCGGAGCUUCCUUUGGACGUCGCUGUAGGAGCAGGAUACGGAGAGAGUAAGUAUAUUUCCGAACAGCUACUCGUGAAAGCGGCAGAAAGGGGGAUACAGACCAGCUCCCUUCGGAUUGGCCAAAUUUGUGGUGGGAAGCCAGAUGGUUCAUGGGCCACCACGGAUUGGGUGCCAAUCUUUGUCAAGUCGAGCAAAUCGCUAGGAUAUUUGCCUGAUGCUCAGGGUGUGGCAACGUGGCUGACCACGGAAGCGGUGGCACAAACUGUCCUCGACGUGACAUUCGCGCAGGAGCGGCCUCCUUCCGCUCUCAAUAUAGUACACCCGCGGCCGGUGCCCUGGUCGCACAUCAUGUCAGGGAUUAGCUCUGCCAUCGUCAAAAUUGUGGACCACGGCAACGGUCAGCCUCUGCCAGUAUUGCCGUUCAAGCAAUGGAUCACGCUUCUCGAAAAGAAAGCUGAGCGAGCCACAGAAGCUGAUAUACGGAAGAUUCCGGCUAUCAAACUCCUGCAAUUCUUCCAAGCCAUGGCUUCUGCAGACGAUGCGAUACGUGCUUCGGGGAGAAAUGAUCUGGAGGCAGGAGGGAUACCGCUUUUCUCUACUAAGAAAGCUCAGGCGGUGAGCCAGGCCCUACGAGAUGCGCCCCAGAUUGGCGUAGAGGAUGCAGAGCGGUGGAUCAGAUACUGGUAUAAGAAGGGGCUUUUUGACUGAGUCUUUCACAUAGAAGUUUGGUGCCUUAUAAUAUGGCAUACGCUAAUUGUAGCUCUGUGCGUCUUCAGACUUGCUUCGCGUGCAGAUAUAGCAUGUGUUCUCCCCAUUGAAAGGACUCGAUAAGAGGG